AUGUGCUCGCGGAGUUUCAUGGUGCAGAAGCGGGGGCCCAAGUCCAUUGCCCGCUACGAGCUCGGGGAGGUCCUGGGCAAAGGCUCCUUCGGCUCCGUGGUGAAGGCCCUUGACCGAGUCUCUGGCACUGCACGGGCAUGGAAGACGUGUUGCAAGAGCAAGGAGGGGGAGCUCAUGUUUCGCAAGGAGGCAGUGACAAUGUCCAUCUUAGACCAUCCGCACAUUUGCAGACUCUUCGACGUCAUCGAGGACGCCCGGAAUUUGUACUUCGUCCUGGAGCUCUGUGAGGGCGGGGAUUUGCAGCACCGCCUGGCGGACUUGGCGGACCUGCACAACAGCUUGCCGGAGCCCACUGUGGCCCCGCUGCUUCGCCAACUCUUUGGGGCGAUGCACUACCUCCACGAGCGCUGCAUCGCGCACUCGGACUUUGCGUCCCGGAACGUGCUGCUGGACAACCGGCCCCUCGAGCAGUGCACGGCCAAGCUCGCCGACUUUGGAAGCUGCCGAAGUUUCAGCCCAGGAGGGGCAUUGGGCCCGCACAAAGGCGACAUGUGGGGCCUAGGGCUUUUGAUGAGAGGCAUGCUUUGCGACAUCAACCGUGUGCUGGGCAAUUCCACCACGGCUGCUAGCGAGAGCGCACCGCCGCGCAUGCCUUUGGUUCCAAGCGCCUGGCUGGGGAAGUCUCCAGAGGCUCGCUGCCUCUGCGGCCGGCUCCUGCGCAGAGACCCCGUGGCGCGGUGGUCGGCCCAGGAGGCCAUGCACCACCCCUGGUUCUUUGCCAUGGAGUUGCCGCCAGUGGAGGUUCCUGAUGAUUUGCUACAACGCUUUAGGUCCUUCGGCGCCUGCAACUCGCUGGUCCGCGUCUCGCUGCAGGCGCUCGCGGAGCAGCGGCCGGGGCGCGAGGAUUUGUUCAGCGCGUUAGACCGGAAUUGUGAUGGGUUGCUGGCGCCGGGGGAUCUAUGCGCCUGCCUGCAAGAGGUGGACGAGUCGGUGUCGAAGGAGCUGCUUCAAGAAAUCUUUGUGCAGGUCGACAGCGAUGGAGUGGGGGCCAUUGAGCUGAGCGUCUUCAACGCCUUGAUGCUCCAGGAGGAGCGUGCUACAAGCAAGAAGGCCACACAGGCGGCUUUUCGCGUGGUGGACCGCGACAUGAACGGCAAGAUCUCCUUGGAGGAUUUGAGGCGCAUCUUUCCCGACGUCGAUGAGCAAGAGGCGAUAGAUAUGAUCGCGGCCGCGGAUCUGGAUGGAGAUGGCAGCAUCGACCUGGCGGAGUUCCGCGCCAUGAUCCAGCAGUAUUUCAAGCAGCCCCCCAGCCGCUGCUGGCAGCCAGUCCGUGGCAAGCAGAACGACGCGCUGCUCAAGGCAAAGACCAACGCGAUGGUACCCCGAAUCUUCCGAACGGUGGACGACGACACUGACACACACUCGAGCUGCGCCCAGUCCAGUGUGAUUGACGACAUCUUCAGCGACAGCGACAGCGACAGCGAGGGUGACAGCGAUACCCUCAGAAGCUUUGUGGAGCAAGCAAAGCCGGCUCGCGACCCCGGCGGCCACGCGCGUCUGGUCAGGAAGAUUGCGGACAUCUCGACAGGUUGCAUGGAAGCUGUGGACUCGCGUUGCAUGGAAGCCGUGGACUCGCCGAAGCCACCAUGCAGCAAAGAGGCGCCACGGGUACCGCGCAGGCAGCACAAGGAGGCGUUCAUGCAAGGCCGCUCCAUCAUUUCCCUUUAG